AUGGAAACCCUUCCCCAGUCAACCGAUCCCCUGUCCCUCCGUCCGGGAGCGUUUCCGAGCCUGACUUCUGACCGUGGGAGCCCCGUGCCUGGUGGUCCAGAUUCGUCGUAUCAGCAUCCGCCGCAGCGGUCCCCGCACCACGAGGGGGAGCCUGGCGCCUCAGGGUACCCGCAGUGGGGGGGACAGGGGCCAGGGGGCCCGCGCGAAGGCCCGCGAGGGGGGCCGUACGGGGGGACGCCGCCAGGCGGUUCGCUGCGGAGCUCGCCUAACCCCUCUGCGUGGUCGACCUCCACCGUGCGUCCCUUUCCCUGGCCCUUUCCCCUCUCGUCCCUCUCCUCGUCCCUCUCCUCGUCCCGCUUCUCGUCCCUCUCCUCGUCCCGCUUCUCGUCCCUCUCCUCGUCCCGCUUCUCGUCCCUCUCCUCGUCCCGCUUCUCGUCCCUCUCCUCGUCCCGCUUCUCGUCCCUCUCCUCGUCCCGCUUCUCGUCCCUCUCCCUCUAUCGUCCUUCUCCCUGUCCCGAUCCUCGUCCCUCUCUCCCCGUCCCUCCCUCGACCCUCACCUGCAUCGCUCCCCGUGUCCCUCUCCUGCGUCCCUCUUCCGAGUCGUUCGCCGGUUCGUCUCCUUCUCGUCGAACCCCCUCCUUCAAAUCCAUGUCCCUGAUUUCUCGGGACCGUCAUGGCGAAUCGGACGGCAAAGGAGGGCAGUUCCAUCUGUCGGCGGGAGAUUUUCCAUCGCUGGGGUCCGAACAGGCCAAGCAGCAGCAGUUGCAGCAGCAACAGCAGGAGCAGCAGGGGCAGCAAGGCCAACAGCAGCAGCAGCAGCAGCAGCAGCAGCAGCAGCAGCAAGAGGGCUCGCGUCAUCCUAGUGAGCAGGACGGCGCGGGGUAUUACCGAGGGAGGGACGACGGGCAGGAGCACGGAGAGCACGGGCAGCGUGGUGAAGGUGCGUGUUCCUUUGGAAGGGGUUUGAUGGGAGGGGGUUUGUGGGCAGUGGGAAGGGUUGAGGGGGAGGGGUUUGAUGGGAGGGGGUUUGUGGGCACUGGGAAGGGGCCCAUGGGAUGGGACCAGGGCAUGGGGCGCAGGCCUGGCGCGGGGCCGGAGCAGAUGAUGCCUGCGCGCUGGCAUCCGCACCCCCCCGGCGCUGGGGGCGCGGGCUUUGAGGACCCCCCCCCGCACGGCCUCUGGCCCGCGCACAGGGCGGACCGUAUGCCUCCCCCUCCUGGGGACACAUGGCACCGCGGCGGCCCUGAUGGUGACACGUGGCGUCAUGGAUCUGGUGGGAGCGGUGGGGACGGGGGUGGCGGAGGUGGAGGCGGAGGAGCGGGGGCGUCGUGGCGGAGGGGUGAGGUUGGUGUUGGGAGGUCCCCGCCUCCGCCGGGUGCGGGCGCGGGGGCGGAGAUGUGGCGGGAGAGGGGUCCGGAGAGUGAGAACUGGCGCGCGGGGGGACCAGCAGGAACAGGACCAGGCGCGGGUGGCGCAGCAGGAGGGGGAGGGCCGGGGGAGAACUGGCGGGGGCCGCCAGGGAUGGCCCCGCCAAUGGGGUAUGGGCGUGGCGGGGGACACCCAAUGUACCGCGGACCAGAAGGCCCGGAGUUCGGAUUUGCGCACGGGGCGGGGCGCGGGGGGCCUCCGCCUGGGGCAAUGUACGACGGGCCCAUGCGCCCGGGGAUGUUGCCCCCGCACGGCUACGGCAUGCACAUGGAUCCGCGGGGAGGGGGGAGGUUUGGCGCGCGGUAUGGCCCUGGGCAUGGGCCGGGCGCGGGGAUUCCCCAUGGUCCGCAAGGGAGAGGCGCAGGUCCGCAGUUUGACAUGCCCCCCGGAAUGUUCCCCCCUCCGCCGCCGUUUGACCACUUCCAUGCGCCGCUGGGGCAGGGCCGCCCGCCUUUCCGGCCCAUGGGCGCGCACGAGUUUAUGGGCGCGGGGCGGGGAGGCCCGCAAGGGUUUGACGGGCGCGGGGGCAUGGCGCGGGAGCAUGCGGGGCGCGGGCAUGGCCGUCCGCCCAUGGAGCCGUACGGUCCGCGCGGGGAAAUUGGCGCAGGGGAUGGAUGGCAGGGGCAGCUAUCUGCGGGGGGGGCGGCGGACGAGGGGAAGCGGAGGGGAGGGGAAUCCGGAGAGGCACAAGAAGGUAGUGAGGGACAGCGGAAGGUGCAGGAGCAGUCUCAGCAGCAGCAGCAGGAGCAGCAGUCACAGUCGCAGCAGCAACAGCAGCAGCAGCAUCAGUCACAAUCGCAUCGACCAUACCACAAGGAUCACCACAUUGGGAUCGACUGGGCUUCAGCAGAAAGUGAAACCAUGGAUUUCUCAAAACCCGCUUUUGAGGAUGACCCGUUUCUGGGUAGAGCACCUGAGGGGACCCCGCGCGGGGCAGAUGGCGGGAAGGGGGAGCAGGGGGGUCGGGAAACUGGGCGGGGCGCGGAAAGCGCUGGAAGAACGCAGCCGGAGCAGGUGCGCAUUCUGAAGCGGCCGGAAGGAGGGGCGCCCGGCGGAGAGGCUGUGGCGCAAGGGGUUAGUGCGGGCAGUGGGAUUGCAGGUGUGGCUGCGCAGGUCGCAUCUGGGCAGGUCGCAUCUGGGCCGGUGCCAUCUGCGCAGGCAGCAGCAGGUGGGCAUGUAGCGGGUGUGACCGGUCCGAGCGCAGGGCUGGGGAGGGAGGUCCUCGUUAAGAGCCCGCGGCCGUUCAGCCGAGGCCCCCUGCGGUCGCCGCGGGAGGUACCUCAAAGGAGGGCCUCUCCCGCUCCUGAUCCCAGUGCCGCACCUGGUUCCGCGCCUGCUGGUUCCGCGGCUGCCGCAUCUGGUUCCGCGCCUGCUGCCGCGCCUGCCAUGGGCCCUUCUGCUGGUACUGCGGCGCCUAGUGGCAGUGCUGGUGAGGGAGGUUCCGCGGCGGGGGCAGGGCAGACAGUGGCAGUAAAGCCGAUCCAUGCAGGCGCGCAGGAACAGGGUCCGGGGAGUGGAAUUGCUGCCGCUGGCGGAGCUGGGGCGGGACGGGGCCGCGGGCGCGGAAGAGAGCAAGGCAGGCUGAGGGGGGCGGGGGAGGCGGACGGGCGGUGGAUCCCCGCGCGGCAGCAGGGGGAGGCUCAGGGCAGGGGGGAUGGGGGCGCGGGCAGAGGAAUGGGCGGAAGGGAGGGGCCUGUGCAGGGCCGGAGGGGGGCGGUUGGUAGAGUGGCGGAGAGGGAAGAGCAGGGGCAGCAGAGAGGGGGGACAGGGCAGGUCGGGCAGGUGGGUACCGGGGCGAGUAUGGCAGGUGGCAUGCCAGGGCAGGGAUUUGGGCCGGAAGCUUCGAAUGCAGGGGCAGCUGCUGGCUCUGCUGCGUCAGGCAUAGCACAGAAAUCUACGGAAGGAUCAGUGGGAGGUGUGACAGGAGGAGGAGCAGCAGUGGCAGCAGCAGGCGCAGGUGGAAACGCAGGUGGAAACGUCAAAGCGGAGCCACUACUCCCCGCGCCUACGUCCGUUCCGCGGAUCAUCAUGGGCCCCCCAAUCCCCCAGUUCCUCGCCCCUGUCGGGCCUCCCCACGGGAUGCGCCAUCCGCAGUUCUUCCCCCACCCGCCCUUCCCCAUGCAGCACAACCUUCCGCCUAACCUUCCGCCCAACAUGCCCCCUAACGCUCCCCCUGGCGCGCGCCCCCCGUCGUUACUCCCCGGACAGCAGGUGCUGCCGCUGCACCUGCUUCCGCCAGGCCAUGCGCCCCCGCACCAACCUCCCCCAGGCGCGCAUCCGCACGCCCAUCCCCAUGCGCCCCCGCUCCCCCAGCAGCACGCGCAAGGCUCCAAAGACAGCCUGCUUGCGCUACCCGCGGGAGGGCCCGCCGGUUUCCUCGCGGGGAUGCCUGCGCCAGGGGCGUGGGGGGCCCCUGGGGCACCGGGGGGACAUGGGGGACCGGGGGGAUCAGGGGAAGGAGCAGCUGGGGGCCAGGUAGCACCUGGACAGGCGGUAUCUGUGAAUGAGAGGGCCAAGGGAGGGGCUGGGACGGGAUGGGGCGGGGAGAUGGCAGGACAAGGCGGGGCAGGGAGAGGAGCAGCAGAAGGAGUGGGAAGCGGUGGAGUGGUGUCUAGUGUAGGAUAUGUGGAGGCAGGAGGCGUGGGGUCUGUUGGAAGCUCAAGAAAAGAAGUGGUAUCCACUCUCCCUCAGCAGCACACAGUGCUGCAUCCAGCACCAGCAUCAGUUGCCGAACCACAUGCGCCUUACGGGCCUCAUUCCGGGCCUCAUUCCGGGCCUCCACCCCCCACUGCUGCUAUCUCGGUUACCGGACCUGCUGCCCCUGCUCUCGUACCUAAUGACGCGAGUGCAGGAGAUAAGGGGGAGGUUGGGGAAGGAGCAGGUGGGGGGAGUAGAGGGAGGGGGAGGAAGCGGGGAGGGCAGAGGAGGAAGGGCGGAAGGGGGAAGGGAGGGGCGGAAGGUGACGUGGGGGGAGGAGAGGGGGCGGUUGAGGGAGAUGCGCCUGGUGUUGUUUCUGGGGGUGGUGGGAGUGCUGUUGGGGGUGGUGGUGGAGUAUUGGGAGGAGGAGGUAGUGCUGGGGGGAAUCAUUUUGGUGUGUCGCAGCAGCAGCAGGUGCAGCAGCAGCAGCAACAGCAGCACCAGGUGCAGCAGCAGCAGCAACAGCAGCACCAGGUGCAGCAGCAGCUGCAGCAACAGCAGCAGCAGCAGCAGCAGCAGCAGCAGCAGCAGCAGCAGCAGCAGCAGCAGCAGCAGCAGCAGCAGCAGCAGCAGCAGCAGCAGCAGCAGCAGCAGCAGCAGCAGCAGCAGCAGCAGCAGCAGCAGCAGCAGCAGCAGCAGCAGCAGCAGCAGCAGCAGCAGCAGCAGCAGCAGGUGGCGCAGCAACAGGUGCAGAGUUCAGGACACGGGCAGGAACAGGGGCAAGGGCUAGGCCAGGGGCAGGGACCGGGGCCGCGGCAGCAGAGGGGUGUGCGGGCACAGGGGCAACAACCGCAGCAAGGGCAGCACGGGCAGCAGCAUGGGCAGCAGGAGAAGGGGCGGUCAGAGAGCGACCAGCAGAAGUCUGCAGCAGCCGCUGCUGCUGCUGCCGCUGCUGCCAAGGUAGCCCUCUCGGGCAUGCGAGGGGGAGCUGCGGCAGGGAGGGAGGUCAGGGAGGGAGGGGGUGGCGUUGGUGGUGCAGGAGCGGGCGAGGGGCCGGCAGGGGCUGUGGCAGCAGGGGGCGCGGGAGCAGCAGGGAGUGUGGGAGCAGGAGUAGUGAGUGCAGGAGCGGGUGUUGGAGGGUCAGGUGUAGGAAUCCCCGCUGGUGGAAACACAGUGGGUGGGGCAGCAGCAGGUGGGGCAGCUGCGGGUGGGGCGCCAGUGGGUGGGGCAGCAACGGCUGGGCAGGUGACAAGGGAGCUGGGUGGACAGCGGGGAGCAUGGCAGGGAGCGCCUGGCAGCGUCGCUGCUAUAGUGAGUGGGGGCCCUGCUGCUGCCACACCCGCUGCACCAGCAUCAGCAGCAGCAGCAGCCGCACAGGGAGCAGCAGGAGCUACAGCAGCAGUGGCAGCGGCGGCAGUGGCGGCAGCAGCAGUGGCAAGCUCACAGGGGGGUCAUGCCGCAGUGGUAGGCGGGAUGGGUCCUCCUGGUAUGCUUAUGAACGCAUGGGGGCGGCCAAGAGAGGGGCUGAUUCACAUCACCCCUCCUGCUGGGCACACGGGGGGGAGUGGAGCAGCGGGCAUGGGGGGGCAAGGAGGGGGUGGGCGGAGGCAUGGGGGAAGGCGAGGAGGGUCAGGGGGGAGGGGAACUAGUCAGGGAGGAAGUAAUGGAGGGGAGGUGGGUGGGGGUGGGGGAAUCGGAAGCGCCCCUUCUGCAGCUGCGUCUGCAUCCUCUGGUGGCAGUGUGAGUGGAGCGAGUGGGGUGAGCAAAGGUAUCACUGCUUCUGCUGCACCGGGCACAUCAACUGCUGGGAGGAAGGCAGAGCCUGGUGCUGGUGGGGUGGCAGGUGGCGUGAAGGCAACUGGAUGGGGCAGUGCGGGUCCAACUGGGGUGCCCACUGGUGUGAAAGCAACUGCAGCGCUGCAGCCAGCUGCUGCGGCAACAGCAGCUGUUGCAUCAUCUGCCAAGCCUGUCACCCAGCCUAGACCAGGCUCGGCCGGUCCUGGCCCUGCUCCUCCUGGCUCGGCAGCAGCUAGUACUGCCGGGCCUGUUAUUCCCGCUGGUGGGUCUGGUGUGAGCAGCACAAGUGCUGGAGCCGCGGCUGCUGUUGCUGUUACUGCUGCGGCUGCUGCCGCUGCUGCUGCUGCUUCUGGUGCUGCCUCCUCGUCAGCUUCUGUCUCGGCUCGCAUUCGCGAUGCGCCUUUGCAAGGGGGGGUGGGAAUGGGGAGGGGUGUGAGGGGCGGGAUUGUCUGGGGCGGGCGUGGCAGAGGCUCGGUGGGAGGCUUGGGAGGUGGUCCGGGAGGAGGUCCGGGUGUACCAGCGAGAGGUUCGGAACGGCCUCGGGAGGUGAUUAAUGCAACGGGAGGGGCGCUGCCUCGGUCUCUCAGACAGGAUGGGGGAGCGGGGGGCCUUGGGGGAGUUGCUGGAAAAGGGGGAGCUGGCAAGGGUUGA